AUCCCCGAGGCUCCCGCAGCCGCGGCAGGACCGGCCGGCGGCGCGAUGGAGGGGAGCCCCAUCCCGGUGCUGACGGUGCCCACGGCGCCCUACGAGGACCAGCGGCCGGCCGGGGGAGGCGGGCUGCGGCGGCCCACCGGGCUCUUCGAGGGCCAGCGCAACUAUCUGCCCAACUUCAUCCAGAGCGUGCUGUCGUCCAUCGACCUGCGCGACCGCCAGGGCUGCACCAUGGUGGUGGGCAGCGACGGCAGGUACUUCAGCAGGACGGCCACCGAGAUCGUGGUGCAAAUGGCUGCGGCCAACGGGGUGAGUGACGGUCACGCCCGGUUGGCGGGUUCCCACGCCCGGACCACCUCCUCUGUGCUCUCCCCGGCUUCCCAAACCGGCACACUGGCAGACGCUAGGUGUACCGAGGCCCUGGCCUCGAAGGGGCUGCUCUGCUCAAAGAAGGGUCUGGAACCUUCUCCCGCACCUGUUCCACUUUCUUCUGCGUUUCCUUCCUCAUCCGUUUUCCACUCCAUCGCAGUGGUUCCCCAUAUUCUCCCAACCGUUCAUCGUCCACCUCCCUACACAGACUUUUAUCUUUUUGAGUCUGCCAACAUGAUCUCCCAUCCUGGUUUCUCCAGUCGGCAUGUCAGAUCCACGACAGACACGUUGGGGGUAGGAACACGGAAGUCCAUGCCAGUGAGCUUCCCAUUCAGCUCUGGGAUGACCUUGCCCACAGCCUUGGCAGCACCAGUAGAUGCAGAGACGAUGUUCUGGGAAGCCCCAUGGCCACAACUUUCCAGAGGGGCCAUCCGCAGUCUUCUGGGUAGCAGUGAUGGCAUGGACCAUGGUCAUGAGUCCUUCCACGAUGCCAAAGUUGUCAUGGAUGACCCUGGCCAGGGGGAGGGGCUAAGCAUGGGCCCCAGCCUUCUUCAUGCUGGUGAAAACACCAGUAGACUCCACAACGUAGUUGACACCAUUGUCACCUCAUUGGAUGUUAUUGGGAUCUCGCUCCUGGAAGAUGGCGAUGGACUUCCCGUUGAUGACAGGCUUCCCGUUCUCAGCCCUGACUGUGCCAUUGAACUUGCCAUGGGUAGAGUCGUACUGGAACACGUAGACCAUGUAGUUGAGGUUGAUGAAGGGGUCAUUGAUGGCAACAAUCUCCACUUUCCAGAGACGUGGAAUCACCUUCUGGAAUACAUCCAGCAGCACAUCAAGAGCAACAAGUUGCACUUUGUGGGGCUCCGAGUUGUCUACAUCUUGUGGAGCACAAGAACGGAUGGACAGAAAAAGCUUCUACAGUGCGACGUUAGGGAAAGCAGGCUCAUGGUGCCCUCAGGGGAAGCCUGGAAGGAGCCUUCCAUAACUUUGCCUCACUGCCCUUUCUGGAUCUUCAUCCCUGAGUGUGGAACAGGCAGACCUUCUGGGAGCAACAACACACCUCAGGAGCCCUCGGCUGCCUCCAUUUCCCUGGGUGACCAGUUCAUGGGACCCUACGUAAGAAAAGUUCUGUGUGAUGAACUGGGGGCCCCGGCCAACUCUGCAAUAAACUGUGUCCCACUAGAAGACUUCGGAGGGCAGCACCCGGACCCAAACCUGACAUACGCAACCACCCUUCUGGAAGCCAUGAAAGGGGGGGAAUAUGGAUUUGGAGCUGCGUUUGAUGCUGACGGGGACCGUUACAUGAUCCUUGGCCAAAAUGGCUUCUUUGUGAGUCCCUCGGACUCCCUUGCCAUCAUCGCCGCCAACCUCUCUUGCAUUCCGUAUUUCCGUCAGAUGGGGGUCCGUGGCUUUGGGAGGAGUAUGCCAACCAGCAUGGCUCUGGACAGAGUGGCCAAAUCAAUGAAGGUUCCUGUGUACGAGACCCCUGCCGGAUGGAGAUUCUUCUCAAAUCUGAUGGACUCUGGGCGCUGCUCUCUGUGCGGAGAGGAGAGCUUCGGCACUGGAUCUGAUCACCUCCGAGAGAAAGAUGGUCUCUGGGCUGUCUUGGUCUGGCUGUCCAUUAUUGCUGCCCGGAAACAGAGCGUGGAAGAAAUUGUUAGAGAUCAUUGGGCCAAAUAUGGCCGCCACUACUACUGCAGGUUUGACUAUGAGGGACUGGAGCCCAAGGCAACGUAUUACAUCAUGAGGGAUUUGGAGGCCCUGGUGACGGACAAGUCCUUUGUCGGCCAGCAGUUUGCUGUGGGGAGCCACAUUUACAGCGUUGCAAAGACAGACAGCUUUGAAUAUGUGGACCCUGUGGAUGGCACCGUGACCAAGAAACAGGGCCUGAGGAUCAUUUUCUCAGAUGCAUCACGGCUCAUAUUCCGGCUCAGUUCCUCCAGCGGUGUGCGGGCCACCAUCAGAUUGUAUGCAGAGAGCUACGAGAGGGAUCCCAGCGGUCAUGACCAGGAACCACAGGCAGUGCUGAGCCCUCUCAUAGCCAUCGCGCUGAAAAUAUCCCAGAUUCAUGAGAGAACUGGCCGGAGGGGACCCACUGUCAUCACCUGAGCACAGGGCAGAAGAGCACUCAGAAAGAUGCUUCACCGUGCCUUUUUGCUUCCUGUUUGUGCCUCUUAGGACUUUGUAAAAACAAAAGCUAUUCGGCUGUUGGGAUUGGGGGGGGGUGAAAGGAGGGUGGGAAUGGGGGAAGCACCCCUUUUGUUUUGAUUUGUCCAGUUCCUCCAAAUGCAGCAGGGUCUUUAGUUGUCUGUUAGAGCUUCACUAUUGUUUAAUAUCUCUAUUUCCUUACAGCCAUGGGCUUCCCCUCUCUAGAAAGAUAGGUGCACUAGGGAAGUAGUUCUGGUGUCUUGUGAGAAAAAGAUUCUAAGAGGAGAGAGAGCAAGAAAGAGAGAGAGAGAGAGAAUGCAGAAUUAAGCUGAUUCUAAGUUCAGGGCAGGGGAAAGACCUCAGCAACAUGGAGGAGGACUCAGCGUUGUAUUCCUGAUCACGGUGAAGGUUUAGGACUUCUAGGACACACCCCUCUCCCACCAGCCCGUCCAAUGGUCCAUGCUCCCCAGCCUCCCUACGUCUCUGCACCACUCUUUCCACUCAUCUAGAAUUUUCUUUAAUUCACAGUGACACACCUCCAACAAGACAUAUAAAAGGGUGUUUUCCUCUCUCUUCUUUUGUAUACGGUAUUAAUUUAGCUACCAAGCUGGCUUCAUCCCUCUGAAUGUAGCCAUUUCCUGUGCAGUCGGGGAAGGAUUUUCUAGAAAAGACUGAAAAAGAAGGGGAGGCUUCUUUGAUUAUGUCAUGGAAGCCAAUACAUGAGUUUGCGUAAAUCCUUCCAGGAAGAAUACCACCGUGCUGUGUUCUGAUCUUGGUCACAGCGGAUUGAUGAAGGAGAGCAAAAGGGCCUGGGAUAAUUGGUGGGGUAGUUGUGGGUCCAAUGAGACAGAGAAGUGGAUUGUCACAGCUGGCUUUCUUUGCCUGGGGGAGAAAGGAACCUGGCAGCUCCAGCGGGCACACAGACAGGGGCAGAGUCCUCAGGCAGGCACGGGAUGGGCUUGUUUCUGUUUGCCUGCCUUGGGAAGGGCAGAUCCACUUAUCACACCAUUUGCGGAGAUGACCUAGUGACCCUUCACUGUUAAGCAAGGCAUGAUUGCUGCCUUCAAGGUCAGUGCUGCAAGGAAACAUUCCCAGCAAGGUGUUUGUUUCCCUUUUUGCUCUGUGCUUCUGUCAAAAACUUGCUAGAACAUUUAGAAGCCAAUAAAACAGAACUUCUUAUGUUAACCUCCAUACAA